AUACACUUGAUCCAUUAAAACUUUUUUCUCAUUUAGUCUUGUUGAAUCAAUUCAAGAAACUUGAAAUAGAAGAUGAAAAGAUUGAUGCUAGAUAUUUGCUUCGUGCAAUCAAUCGUUAUAUUUUAUGGUUGAGGAUGUUGAAUGAACGGGAAGAGAAAGAAAAUUUGCCAAUUCCACCAAUUGAUGUUUUAUGGGAAAACUAUACAACAAUGCCAUGGAUUCUUGAUCCUAAUGAUGAUUCUGAUUUUAUUUUUGCAUGUCCAUGGUGUAAUUAUUCAAAUUUUGUCAAAUGGGACAAAUAUGUUGAUUUAGUAAAAAACCCAAAUGAUGAAUCUUCAUCAAUUGUGUGCAAUAAAUGUAAAGUUAUUUUAACUCCAGACAAUUUAUCAGCUAAAAGAUUUCUGGAUGACAUCAAUGAUUCUGCAAGUGAUGAUGUUGAUUUGUUUUUUUCAUCAGCUGUUAUGCAAGAGGUUCCUAAAUUAAAAGAACUUUUGGAAUCAUCAAAACAUAGCUCUUUAAACUGUAAUUGGGAAAAUAUUUGCAAAUACUUGUCAGAAUCAAUUGCCUACCUAAAGAAAAAAAGGCAAUUCAGAUUAUUAAAAAAUACCAUAGUUAAAAAAGUCAUUGUAUCUUACAAAGAUAAUAUCUUUCCAUUUGCCUUCAGCUUGUUGGAUGCAGUCAACAGACAAAGAAAGUUCACUCAGAAAAUGGUGGUUGAUAACCACUCUUGGAUUUGUAAUUAUCAAAUACAAAAUAAUGCUAUUAGAAGAUAUGAAUGUUUCAUGAAAUUAAUUGGUAAGAAUCCAUAUAAAUGUAUUGUACCAACAUUAGAUAUUGAUUUAGCAUGGCAUACACACAUGCUGAAUCCAAAAUUUUAUAAAAAAUAUACAAUGGAAAAAACCAAAAGAUUUAUUAAUCAUGAUGAUAGUAUAGAAGAUCAAGUCAUUGAUAAAUCGUUUAAGAAGACCUGCAAGCUAUGGUACAAGGAAUUUAAUGAACUUUAUACCAAUACAAUUGAACCUUCUGAUUAUUUAUUCAGUAAGACACAAAAAUUUUUUGGAGCUUUUGCAUUCCCUUUUGGUGCUUACAUGCUUUCUCAAACUACAAAGGCUACUGAAGUUUACAACAAAUCAAAAGUUGGUGGAUGUGCAAUUAGCAAUAAUACUGGAACAAGAAAAGUGAAACCACUUGAAGGUAUUUUCAAGAGUCGUAAUAGUAGUAGUAAUUAUAGUAGCAUUAAUAAUGGUGGUAUUUUUAUUUUUGCUGGUUGUGGUGGUGGUUGUGGUGCUGGUUGUGGUGGUGGUUGCAGUGGUGGUUGUGGUGGUGGUAGCAAUGGUGGUGUUGGUGGUUGUGGUGGUGGUUGUGGCAGUGGUGGUGGUGGUGGUUGUGGUGGUGGUGGUAGUAGUGGUGGUUGUGGUGGCGGUGGUGGUUGUGGUGGUGGCGGUGGUUGUGGUGGUGGUGGUGGUUGUGGUGGUGGUUGUUAA